AUGUUCUCUUCUCCUCCCCUCAGUUUCCUGUCAGGUUCCUGUCAGGUAGAGGGGUGGUCAUCUACCCAGAUAUCUUAUGUCUCUUCUCCUCCCCUCAGGUUCCUGUCAGGUAGAGGGGUGGUCAUCUACCCAGACAUCGGGGACAAGCUGGACAUUAUCUGCCCCAAGGCUGAGCCAGGACGAGACUAUGAGUUCUAUAAGCUGUACCUGGUCAGGAGAGAGCAGGCGGAGGGGUGCAGCACGGUCAUGGACCCCAACGUACUGGUCAACUGUAACAAGCCAGAGAAGGACAUCAAGUUCACCAUCAAGUUCCAGGAGUUUAGUCCCAACUAUAUGGGCCUGGAGUUUAAGAAGAAUAUGAAUUACUACAUCACAUCCACGUCCAAUGGUUCAGUCGAAGGCCUGGAGAACAGAGAGGGAGGAGUCUGUAAGACCAGGGCCAUGAAAGUUAUCAUGAAGGUCGGACAAGUUUUAUUUGCAGUACUGUAG